CUGGGGAAGGGGAGGGAGGAUGCUUAGAGCGAAUGCUACCUCUCCAGACGGCAGGAUGAAGUGAACAGUCUGCGUGUUGUUCGCUGCUCUGGACGGUACUAGGAUGUAUUUAGGCAGAAGAGCCGGGCAGCAGAGACCCAGCAGCAUCACCGCCGCUGAGCCUGACAUGAAUGAUAAUUGAAAGACCUCAUUCAAAGGACUGAGCAGCGCUGGAAUCUGCAGAAGCCUGCCGGGCUUUACUCAGUCUCCGCUCCACGACAAAAAAUUUAGACAUCUUGGACUAAUGCCUACCUCCAUUGAUGUUUAAAGCCAGUUAAAGCCACUUGAAGACAAACUUCUACCAUGGCACUGAUUAUGGAGCCCGUGAGCAAGUGGAGCCCAAGUCAAGUGGUAGACUGGAUGAAAGGCCUGGACGACUGCCUGCAGCAGUACAUCAAGACUUUUGAGAAGGAGAAAGUAGGGGGAGACCAGCUGCUGCGCAUCACCCACCAGGAGCUGGAGGAUCUGGGCGUAUCCAGGAUCGGCCACCAGGAGCUCAUACUGGAAGCUGUGGACUUACUGUGUGCGCUGAAUUACGGUUUGGAGACUGAGAACUUGAAGACGCUUUCUCACAAGCUCAGCGCGUCUGCAAAAAACCUGCAGAACUUCAUCACGGGCCGGCGGCGCAGCGGCCAUUACGACGGCAGAGCCACUCACAAGCUGCCCAACGACUUCCUCACCUCUGUGGUAGACCUGAUCGCUGCUGCCAAGAGCCUGCUGGCGUGGCUGGACAGGUGCUCUUUCUUUUUCAGGUCACCGUUUGCUGCAGUGGCAGAUUACUCUGUGACCAGAAACAAUGUGAUCCAGCUAUGUCUCGAACUCACCACGAUCGUGCAGCAGGACUGCUCUGUGUACGAAACUGAAAACAAGAUCCUGCAUGUGUGUAAAACUUUGUCCGAAGUGUGCGACCAGAUUAUCUCCCUGUCCUCGGACCCCAUGGUGUCUCAGUCCGCACACCUGGAGGUGGUGCAGCUGGCCAACAUAAAGUCCGCCGAAGGCUUGGGUAUGUACAUCAAAUCAACAUACGACGGCUUACACGUGAUCACCGGGACGACAGAAGGAUCUCUGGCUGAUCGUUGUAAGAAGAUCCACGCUGGAGACGAAGUCAUUCAGGUCAACCAUCAGACAGUCGUGGGCUGGCAGCUGAAGAACCUGGUGAACCUGCUGCGUGGGGACCCUGCAGGUGUCACCCUAACGCUGAAGAAACGCCCACAGAGCACGCUCACAUCCACUCCUGCUCUGCUCAAAAACAUGAGAUGGAAACCAUUAGCUCUGCAGCCUGUCUUUCCUCAGAGUCCCAGCAGCAGCGUCGCUACGCCCACCAGCACAUUAAGCACUCCCUCCAGGCGAAGUAGCUGCGCCCUGCAGGAUCUGUACAUCCCGCCUCCUCCGGCGGAGCCUUACACCCCCAGAGACGAGAAGGAAAAUCUGACCGACGAGGAUCCUCAGUCGGACGCCCAGGCCGCGGAGCGAUCCGAGUCGCCCAACUCCUACCUGGACCAGGAGUGUCAGCGGCGAUUCCCUCUGGUGGAGGAAGACUCCAUACUCUACUGCUACGAGUACGACCAGAACCAGGAGGCCUCGUCGGUCCGCAGGGGGAGCACUCCCACCUACGGCAGGCUCAGGCCCAUCUCAAUGCCCGUGGAAUACAACUGGGUGGGAGAUGACGAAGACCUGGCGAAGCUGAGGAGAGAGAGCAGGAGAGAAAACUCCCUCCUGCGUUUCCCCAGUGAGGACAAACCCUCCGGGGAGAACUUCUUGCUGGGCCGCAGUCUGAGUCAGAACAGGAGGAAGAUGGAGCGAGGAAGCAGCCCCACCCACUACACGCUUGUUCCCGCCCUGGAAGUCGCCAUGUCCACGUCCAGCUCAGACUCUGCGUCGCUUUACCACGUGUUUGAGCGCUCCUCAAUGCUGUCUAGAUCUAAGAAGAAAAAGCAAGCUGCAAGCCCCAUGUCCUCCAUCAGUAAACGAAGGAUUUCCUGCCGGGACCUGGGUCAGGGCGACUGCCAGGGCUGGCUGUGGAAGAAGAAAGAUGCUAAAACCUAUUUUUCGCAGAAGUGGAAGAAAUACUGGUUUAUCCUGAAAGACACGUGUCUUUACUGGUACAUGAACGAAGAGGAUGAGAAGGCAGAGGGCUUUGUGAGUCUCCCAGAAUUCAGGAUUGAUCGUGCCACUGAAUGCAGAAGAAAAUAUGCAUUCAAGGCUUGCCAUCCCAAGAUAAAGACCUUCUACUUUGCUGCGGAAAAUGUAGAUGACAUGUCCCGGUGGCUGAGUCGGCUCAGUAUGGCUGUUGCAGGCUACUCUGAGCAGGAGAAAAUGCGCCAGGAACAAGAUUACUGGAGCGAGAGUGAUCACGAGGACAUGGAGAUGCCCCCAGUUCCCAAACGGGACAGUCCACCGCCCCCUUAUGACACUUAUCCCAGAGCAGCCUCAGUAAGUCCCUACCUGGAGCCAAAGCGUAGCCAUCUCUCCUCUUCGGACACAUUCCAGUCCCGUUCCUCACACGAGGAGUUCCACUCGGAGCCUCAGGAAAGCAGCAGCAACAACAGCGUCUCCCCUGGGCAGAAGGCGAGCAGCCACCGAAACUCGUGGCAGGACCAGAUGGAAGGCAAAUCCAGGAUGCACUACCUGCAGACGUAUCCAGUGGAAGAAUCCAUGCAGUCUGAAGACAGGGAGCAGCUGGCCAUUGAGUACCGCAGGCAGUCAACUCUGCCUGCACAGCGCAGCCUGCUGCAGGAGCAGUACAGGGCCCUGCCGCUGCCCCUCAGGGCCAGCAUAGAUUCUGACGCCGGAGGAAAACCUCGCAGCUUUACGCUUCCAAGAGACAGCGGGCUCCAUGCCAUCCUGGCAGCCACCGCUGCAUCAGACCAGAGAGAGACCCAGAACUACCAGCUGGACCGGGCCAGAGACACAGGCCGUGGACGUGACUGUCGAAUGCAGACGGACUCACUGGUGGACCUGUACCGGGCCCUGGAGCAGACCAGUCUGUCCACCUCUGCUGACCACAGAUCAGCCGGUCGCCUCGAGUACAAACGCUCCUUUGUCCGCAGAGUUAACGACCCCCUCCUAAACGACAAGCUCCACCGCCUGCGGAUUCUUCACAGCUCACUGAAGAAUGUUCCUCUUCAAGACACAAACCGGUCGCUGGGGUUUUUAGAUUAGCCCCGCUGAGCGCCAUCCCACCCCCCAGCCACCCGCAGCUUGGCUUCUGCUUGUGCCUCACAUUUGGAGUCAAAGGCACCAAAACACAUCUUUUACCUCCUCAACCAUCCAUCCAUCCAUCCUUUCAUUUCUUUCUGCUGCUUCUCUCAAAAGCAGAAACAAAAACUACUGAUGUCACUUUUUGCCUCAUCUCAUCCUCAAGCAGGGCAGGGAUCCAAACAAAGAUUGGAUUAAUAAAGCAACUGAAAGCACUUUGUGUCCAUUUCAAAGAUUCAUCUGAAAGCUUUUAAAAAUCAUCACUUCCAUGCAUGGCAACCUCCCCCCGCUCUUCUGUUGAAUUGUUUUUAUACCUUUACGCUGGAGUCGUGUACAGCUGCUCUUCAAAAAGAAGCCUCUUUUUGGUUGUACGCCACUUUUCAUUGUGCAUGUACAUUCGAUCCAUGGGUAUGUUUGUUUUGUGACUGUACAGGGUGUUAAGCAUAUUAACAUAUGUUGUAUAUUUAAUAUUACAUUCCUACAACAGUGACCACACCACGUUUCUUUUUUGUUUGUUUGUUUGUUUGGCUACCUAUUUAAUCUGUACAUCAAGUGCUGUGCCUCAGUGAUAGUGAAUGUACAUUGUACCUUUUUAAAGAGGGAGAGAAGAGAGAAGAUUUAGAGAGAAAGCUAUUUCCUCAGAGCAGAGGCAUAAAAAUGUAACGCCUGGCAAUAAUGAACUACUGUAUAUUACAAUGGAGCGAUAAGAAUAGUUGUCUAUUUUUGUAUGCAUGCUGUCUACCUGAUUG